AUGGGAAAUUCAGCUUCUGCUUUACCGUAUUCGAUUGAAGCUCAAAUCGGGGCACCACAUGAUCACAAUGGUUGGGCAUUGCACACUGGAAAGUCUACAGAUGGACAAGAAACAGAGGUUACUAUCUUCGUUGGAAAGAAGCCUGAAAUGGCGAAAUCACCCAUCUCCCCACGAUUUCCUAAUCAGACACAAUUGGUUCCUGCACUUCACCACUUUCGACAAUGCAAAAAGCUCCGACACCCUCAUAUUUUGAAAGUCUAUGCCACUCUCGAUACGGACAAUCCAAGUGAGGAUGGUGCAGCUGGCUCGGCCGCUCCUUCAAAUAAAGCUCAGACUGGGGAUCUCAUGAUUGUUACAGAACCCUGUGUCAGCUUGGAUACAUGGUUGUUGACACAGCCUAGUCCUGAACAACUUGCCUGGGGUUUGGAAUGCUUGAUUCGGGGUAUGCACUUUAUGCAUGCAUCAGCAAACUUGUCCCAUGGAAACAUGUCUCCUUCAUCCUUCUAUGUCACAAAAUCGGGUGAUGUUAAGCUUUGGAACUUCAACUUGAUCAGUCAGAUUGGCCCGAAUUUGGGACCCGACAAUCAUUUUCGACAAUGGGAACAGGCAUGCACCCAAGAUGCUUAUCGAAGUCCAGAACGAGUAGAACGGAAAUAUGAUCAAAUCAGCAACCAUGGUGUACAUGCCAUGGAUUCCUAUGGUCUUGGAAUCUUGAUUGACCAUUGGUUUCAAGGUCGAAUCCCUCCCAAAUUGCAAAAGGCUGCUCAACGAUUGCAAACGCCCAACAUCAAAAUGCGACCUCGGUUACAACCUCUCUUGAAAUGUCCCAUCUUUGAUACACCUUACCAAAAGCUACAAUUGACGCUCGAAGACUUGGUCGUGCAACCUGUGGAACAGAAAAUUGCUCUAUGGCAGAAUUUCGGACGCUCUAUUGAAAAUGGACAAAUUCCAAGGGAUGUUUCGCUCUACAAGGUGCUACCUAUGAUACAGAGUGCGAUAUUGACAAUUUGCACCAACGAUGCAAUGUUGACUCAAGAUCUAUACCGAAGAGAAGUGCUGGCAAUGAUGCAACCUCUGUUUUUUGUUGUGGAGAAUUACUUGGAAGAAGGGAGAGUAUCAAAAGAAUUGGGCCCAUUGGUGGCACUAUUGUUCAAGGUGAAGGAUCGUGGAGUCCGUGGCGCCUUGCUGAGCAAAGUGGAAUUCAUGUCGCAACACUUGGAGAAGAAUUCUCUGAACGUACAUGUCUUUGAACCGCUGUGUACUGGAUUUAAUGACUCGAGCCCUGCACUGCGUGAACUUACGCUGAAGGCAACGCUUGGUCUCGUGCCUUCGCUGAAUGAACCCAACCUAGAGAAACUUACCCGUUACCUUGUACGGCUCCAAGGAGACUCGGAAACAUCGAUCCGUACCAAUGCUGUGAUUUUUGUGAGUAAGAUUGCUCCGAAAAUGAGUCAAGUAUCUAGAGAGAAGCAUUUGCUGCCGGCCUAUGUGCGAUCGAUGAAAGAUCCCUUUCCACCUGCCCGGUUGGCUGCCUUGCAAGCACUCGCACAAUCGAAACAAGUAUUUUCUCCACAGGAUAUUGCCACAAAAGUUUUGCCGUGCGUGAUGCCAAUUUUGUUGGAUCCAAUAACCGAUGUUCGCAAUGAAGCUUUCACAGUUGUCAAUAUGUACAUGGGUGUCUUGCAGGAAGAGUCUAUGAAAAUUGCUCAACGUCAAAGGCAGGAACUGGCGCAGCAGCAACAACAGCAAGGAUCAGCUCCCCCUCCCCCAAUGUCAGCGCCAGUGGCGCCUGCUCCAAAGAGUGGAGGUUACAUGUUGGGAGGACUUACCUCUUGGAUGUCCAGCACUACCACACCUGCCACUUCUGCACCUGCCAACACGUCCACGCCCCUCGUGCAAGCGCCUGCUUCCGCUCCAGUGAUGCCUGUACCAAUGGCAGCUGCACCCAUGGCAGCUCCUCAGCAACAAUUUGCAGCAGUGGCACUGACCGCGGAUGAUGAUGGUUGGGGUGAGGAGUCAGGAUGGGGUGAUGACGACGAUGAUGACAAUGUAGAUUUGGCAUUUUCGAACAUUGGAAGCACUUCGACUCCGGUUUCAAAGCCAAAGCCCCAGCAAUUCAGCACACCAGAACAAUUUGACGAUGAUCCAUUCGCCGCACUUGGAGCCAAACCCUCUGGCGCAACCAAGUUGAGCUUCAACAAACCCAAAAGCGGCGGAGCACUCAAACUCACCAAGGCAGCACAGCCUACCAAGCUAAGUUUGGACAAUGAUGAUAUGGCCGACGGCUGGGAUGACUUUUAG